AAAUCCCCCCGGCAGAGCCUUGUGGGAGAGGCCGUUUUGAAGGGCUCCACGGCGCAGGAAGGCAGCGGGGAGGGAAAGCCACGAAGGUACCCCAGGAGGAGGGGCUCCAAAGCCAGCCCAGGGUGCUCUGAGGAGGAAAGACCCACCCUGCGCCGGGAAGGCGACGAGAGCUUGAUCGAGAGCUCUGACCUGGAGGUCCAUGAGCAGUUUCACACCAGGGAGAAACCCUUCAAGUGUUUGGAGUGUGGGAAGUGCUUCAGGCAGAGUGCCCUCCUCCUUUCCCACCAGCGCAUCCACACUGGAGAACGUCCUUACACAUGUGGGAAAUGUGGGAAGAGCUUCAGUGACAGCUCUGCCCUGAGCAGACACCAGAAGAUCCACACUGAGAAACGGCCCUACAAGUGCUUGGAAUGUGGGAAGUGCUUCAGACAGAGCUCCAACCUCCUUGCCCAUCAGCACAUCCACACUGGAGAACGUCCAUACACAUGUGGGAAAUGUGGGAAGAGCUUCAGUGACAACUCCACCCUGAGCAGACACCAGAAGAUCCACACUGAGAAACGACCCUACAAGUGCUUGGAAUGUGGGAAGAGCUUCAGCGAGAGGUCAACCCUGAGACGACACCAGCAUAUCCACACUGGAGAGCGGCCCUACAAGUGUGGGAAAUGUGGGAAGAGCUUCAGCCGCAGCUCCCACCUGAUCAUCCACCAGAUCAUCCACACCGGGGAGCGACCCUUCAAGUGCUUGGAAUGUGGAAAAAGCUUCAGUGACAGCUCCUACCUCCUCACCCACCAGAAGAUCCACACUGGGGAACGACCUUACAAGUGUGAGGAAUGUGGGAAGAGCUUCAUAAAGAGCUCCAAUCUCCUCAGCCACCAGCGCAUCCACACUGGGGAACAGCCCUACAUGUGUGGGGAAUGUGGGAAGAGCUUCAGACAGAGUUCCCACCUGAUCCACCACCAGCAGAUCCAUACUGGGGAACGGCCCUAUCCAUGUGAAUGUGGGAAGAGCUUCAGCCGCAUUUCCAGCCUCCUCACCCACCAGCGGGUGCACAGUGGAGAGCGGCCCUACACGUGCUUGGAAUGCAGGAAGAGUUUUAGUGACAGCUCCACCCUCAUCCGCCACCAGAAGAUCCACACUGGGGAACGGCCCUACAAGUGUGGGGAAUGUGGGAAGAGCUUUCAGACCAGCUCGAAUCUCCUCAAGCAUCAGCGGACACACACAGGGGAGAGGCCCUUCCGCUGCACCGACUGCGGGAAGAGCUUCAACCAGAGCUCCCACCUCAUCAGGCACCGGCACAUCCACAGCGGGGAGAGGCCCUACAAGUGUGACGAGUGUGAAAAGAGCUUCUCCCACAGCUCUACCUUGACCAAACACCAACGGACCCACCAGUAAGAGAAGCAUUGCAAGUGCCCUGAUUGCAGGAAGAGCUUCGUCCGCUGCUCCAACUCCAUCAACCAUCAAAGGAGCCAUGCUGGGCACAGACCCGCUGACCCACAUUCCAGGUGAUCCAUGCUGGGCAGUGUAUUGGGUUUGCCAGGUUUUGGUAGCAGGGGGACUCCAGGGCUGGGUUCUGUGAGCAGCUGCCAGAAACUUCCCCUUCUCCAAUGCCUGUCCCGACCCCCGCUGAGGAAGAGGGUGACCCAGGUUCUUGUUAAUUGACCCCUUGGGGCAGAUUAGAGUUAAAGGACGGUGAAUGAUUGGUGGUUAUAACUAUAAAUAGUAGAGUUUAGUUUAGAAUACUUUGGUUGCCAUGUAAAGCAGGUUUGGAGCAGUUUUGGUUCCUGUCUAUAGUGAUAGAAAGCAUAAAAAUAACACUUAAGAAAAUGUAUAAGGGAAAAGAAAGAAUCAGAAUAGAAAGAUGCAGUCUCACCCUGAGGAUCCAGCACAGACUUGGUUGGUGCAAUUCCCACGUCCCUUGGUCCAAGUGAUGGUCGAGGUGUUUUACAGUUGGGGGUGGGGGAAGCCCCUGAAACACAGUGAGUUAAUACACGUUCAGGUUCAGCAACACCCAGGUUCCUCCCCUGGGAGCAGUUUUACACUGUCUGAUGUAACCCUGGGGAUCACGGGGCACUUUGGGGGUCCUUGAUGGUUUGAGGCCCCUUCUCACACAUCACCCUGCCUCUCCCAUCUGUGGUUGAGCCAGUUGUGGCCCCUGAGAAGGGAUGAAAACUUCCAGGCUCCAUGGGAAUGUCCCAGUCCUUCCCCAGGGGGAGUUUUCCCCCUGAGCCAGUUGUGUAAGGGAGGACAUUGCCCUGAUCCAAAGCACUGUCCCCGCUGGCAGGAUCUGCUUCUGAGGGGCCUCUUCCCUUCUCUGGCUCCAAACCCAGCCU